CCAGAGUGCAGCGCAAUGAGCAGUGACCAGUUUGGCAAAUAGAGAGCAUCGUACUACUUUAUUAUUAAGUAUAGAGUCUGCUCCUUAGCUUCUUCCAUUUUCAAUUCAUCUUCUCCAUUUUCUUCAUCUUUCUUCUUCUUGUUGUUGUCUUGCCCCCGCCCACACAAACCUAACUAAUCAAGAAUUGAUGGACGAACUAAUUGGGACCUCGUCUUCAUCGUCCUCCAUAACUGCCUCUCUUACUCAACCCAAUCACUCAACCCUUCAGCAGCGCCUUCAAUUCAUCCUCAAAACCCAGACCGACAGCUGGGCCUACGCUAUUUUCUGGCAGACCUCGAAUGACGACGAUGGGCGUCUCUUCUUGGCCUGGGGAGACGGCUUUUUCCAGGGGACAAAAGGCGGCGGCAGAGGCGGCGUCCAAACCUCUCACUCUACCCAGCAGUCGGAGAGGAAGAAAGUCAUCAGUGGAAUCCAAGCCCUGAUCGGCACCCAGAACUCCGAGAACGGCGACCUUAUAACCGACGCGGAGUGGUUCUACGUCAUGUCCCUCGCUCGCUCUUUCUCCGCCGGCGAUGGAGUUCCGGGGAAGGCAUUAAGUAUGGGUUCUUUAGUUUGGUUGACUGGGGCCCACCGCCUCCAGAUGUAUAACUGUGAGAGGGCUAAAGAGGCUCAGAUCCACGGUAUUCAGACGCUCGUCUGUAUCCCCACCGGCGCCGGAGUCGUUGAGCUCGGCUCCCUCGAAAUCAUCAAAGAAAACUGGACCUUAGUCCAACAGGUCAAGUCUUUGUUCCCGUUUCCUCAAGAAACAACGCUCUCGUUUGCCGAUAUUGGCCUCGUUAGCACCCAUGAACUCCAACAAGGCCGACCCGGAGAUGCUGAGAAGCAAGACGCACCCAAGAGAGGCGCCGACCCGGAGUCCGAGCACUCCGACUCGGACUGCCUCUUUCUAAAGGAGCAUCCAAGCGUCGACCGACAACAACAAAACGCCCCGAAGAAACGGGGCAGAAAACCCGGAGCCGGGCGAGACACUCCCGUGAACCACGUGGAGGCCGAGCGGCAACGGAGAGAAAAGCUCAACCACCGCUUCUACGCGCUCCGCUCCGUCGUCCCCAACGUCUCAAGGAUGGACAAAGCCUCCCUAUUAUCCGACGCCGUUUCGUACAUAAACUCGCUAAAAGCCAAAGUGGAGGAGCUGGAGUGCCAGCUCCAGCUCAGAGAAUCCAAGAAAGUGAAAAUCGAAGCCGUGGGCGACAACCAGAGCUCCACCUCGGCGGCGUCCUCCGCCGCGUCGCCGGUGGACGUGGAGGUCAAGAUAGUGGGGCCCGAUGCGAUGAUAAGGGUACAAUCGGAAAAUGCAAACUACCCCAGCGCAAAGCUGAUGAAUGGGCUACGAGAACUCGAACUAGCAGUUCAUCACGCCAGCAUAUCUAGCGUCAACGACAUCAUGCUUCAGGACAUCGUGGUUAAGGUUCCCGAAGGAUUAAGAUCUGAAGAUGGAUUAAGAGCUGCUCUUCUUAGAAGAUUAGAUCAGCAUUAAUUAAUUAUUUACCACGCAUAACACAUGUAUGUAUAUAUAUAUAUAUAUAUAUAUAUAUAUAUAAAUAAUUGUACUGUGUGUUCCUUUUUUGCACUAAAUUGCACAUGAACGCUCGAAUUCCGCCAUUCCCGAUUUACUUCCUUUGCUAACUGGCUGGGCAGGUUAAUGUAUGGAUCGAGUUAAAUCGUGAUUCUUUACAAGAUUCGAUCUUAUGGCUACUUAUUUGAAAUAAUAAUAGAUGUGUCAUCA